AUGACCAAAAAAAUAUUAUUAUUAUUAUGUAAAGGAUUUGAAGUAAUGGAGUUUACACCAUUUGUUGAUGUUAUGGGUUGGGCUAGAGAGGAUGAUAAUAAUGAAGAUAAAGCAGAUAUUCAAGUUGUUACAUGUGGAUUGUAUAAUAAAAUGGUUACAAGUACAUUUGGUGUUAAAGUUCAAGUGGAUGUAUUAUUAGGUGAAGUUGUUAAAUCUUUGGAUGAAUUUGAUGCAUUGGCAAUUCCAGGUGGAUUUGAAAAUUAUUCAUUUUAUGAAGAAGCCUAUAGUGAAGAUGUAUCACAAUUAAUAAGAGAUUUCGAUUCAAAGGGUAAACAUAUUGCUUCGGUUUGUGUUGCUGCUUUAGCACUUGGUAAAAGUGGGAUUUUAAAGGGUAGAAAUGCAACAACCUACAGAAAUUCUCUUCGUGAACAUAGUGUUAGACAACAACAAUUAAGAGAUUUCGGUGCAAACGUUAUCGCAGAUCAAUCAAUUGUAAUUGAUAAAAAUGUAAUUACAUCAUACAAUCCACAAACUGCUCCAUAUGUUGCUUUUGAAUUAUUAUCUCGUUUGUCUGAUGAAAAUAAAGCUAAAAAAGUAAAAACUUUAAUGGGUUUUUAA